CUUAUGCGUCCGGAGGAUCGUCAUAGCAACAUGUGGCUGGCCAACCCGGCGCGGGGGCAGGUCGCAGGCCUCCGCCAGAUGGGUUCGCGCCUCAGCUCGCCGGAGCGGUCCUAUCACAGCUCCGCCUCCCAGCAACAACUCAGCCCAAGCCACGCCCCCUGGAGGGGGGCCAAUGAGACAUCGAGGUACAGCCAUGUGAUGGCCACGCUGCAGGGGAUUGGUGGUUACAGCAGCUCGGAGGAGGAGCUCAGCUACGCCGGCUAUGAGGGCUACGACCGUAACAUGGAAGGCCAUUGGUUGGACCAAGGCUCUUGGCACAGCGAGACUCCGCCCACGUCUACGCACGCGGUCACAUGGCAGCCGUCCAAAGAUGGGGAGCGUCUGAUUGGUCGGAUUCUGCUCAACAAGAGGAUGAAGGAUGGCAGCAUCGCGGACGACACCGGAGCCCUGCUGGGACUCAAGGUUGUGGGGGGCAGAAUGACGGAGUCCGGGCGACUCUGUGCCUUCAUCACCAAGGUGAAGAGAGGAGGGCUAGCAGACACAGUAGGGCACCUCCGACCAGGUGACCAGGUGUUGGAGUGGAACGGGAGGCCCCUGCAGGGAGCCACCUUCAAGGAGGUCUACAACAUCAUCCUGGAGUCUAAAACUCAGCCGCAGAUAGAGCUGCUGGUGUCCCGAGCUCUCAGUGACUCUGCCCAGAUGUCAGACAACUCACCCACACACAUGGACCCAGGUUAUUUUGACCCCCAGAAGCCCCCCUUGCGAGGCGUCCAGUCGGGCCUCUCGGGCUCCUCUGGCUGGACCUCAGCGGUUCCUAGAGUUCAGGUGAAGCUGUGGUACGAUAAGCUGGGCCACCAGCUGAUGGUCACGGUCCUGGGGGCCAAAGACCUCCCAGUGCGUGAGGACGGACGCCCCCGGAACCCCUACGUCCAGAUGUACCUCCUCCCAGACCGCAGUGAUAAGACCAAGCGGAGGACAAAGACGGUGAAGAAGACGGUGGAGCCUCGCUGGAACCAGAGCUUCAUGUACGGCCCGCUGCCGCGCCGCGACUUCAGCCUGCGGGCGCUGGAGCUCACCGCCUGGGACCAGGCCCACACCCGCGAGGACGACCGCUGCUACCUGGGAGAGGUCCUGAUAGAGCUGGAAUCGGCCCUGUUGGAUGAUCAGCCUCAUUGGUACAAAAUCCAGAGCCAUGAUGUGACAUCACUUCCUCUCCCAAACCCCUCCCCCUACCUGCAGCGACGCCUGUACAGGUCCCAGAGGACGGCUGAGGGGGAGUUCUCAGACUACGACUGUGAGGAAGGCAUUGGAGUCAUAUCAGACUACCGACAGAGUGGCCGGGACUUCCAGAGCUCCGCCCUCUCUGUUCCAGACCAAGUCAUGGUGACCAAUCACGGCUCUCGAUCUGAGCUGGUCAGGAGUCGAUCACGCUCCCCAAGCCAGCCGUCUCCACAAAGUGCCUCUCUCUAUCCGCUCUACCGCGACGAUGCUGUACGGUUGCUACGCAACAACAGGUUGUCAAGGACCUAUUCCGACGUGGGCCAGAGCGGCAGUCUGGACAGGAGGCUGAUGAAGAGGGUUUCUGCAACCAACUCUUUGGACUUAGGAGGCCGAUACUCCGCUGGUCCUAGCUCCGCCCCCUGGACCCCCCCCAUGGUGAACCCUAACUCUGAUGACUUCAGCCAGGACUUCAUCCCUCACUUCCCCUUCGAGCCUGAUGCCCUGGACGAUGAGCUCGUCAGAGCAAGCAAAGGGAUGGAUAGUCAUGACAGCUCCGGUCGCUCACGCUCAGUGGACCUGCGGUCUGACCACGCCCCCUCUGCCGUACGCCCCACCCCCUCUGCCCAACGCUCCGCCCCCUCGUCGCCCGGCCCUGUCAGGGCUUUCUCUCCAAAUGGGACAUCUGGGAGACAGCUGCCCCACGCCCCUUCACAGGUCACAUACCGAGCUGAAUUGUCCGAAGGUUACAACGUUAACAAAGGAGUUCCACUAGCAUCUCAUCACAACCAAGCCCCUCCCCCACGCCAAGCCCCUCCCCCAGUCCUUCCUCAGGCUGCUCAGUCGGUCGUUCUAAAAGCCCCUCCCCAUCAGGCUCCUGCCCCUCACCAAGCAUCUCCCUUCCAACAAGCCCCCCCACCUGUCAAUCAUCAUGGACCACCAGCCAUAAGGAUUCAAGGCCCGCCCCCUCCUGCUCCCCCAGUCACUCCAGGCCCCGCCCACGCACAAGGCUCCGCCUCUACACCUGGUCUCCCACACACACCUGGCCCAGCCAUGGCCCUCUCAACAGGCCCCACUCCUGCACCUGGCCCCGCCCCUAUAACUGGUCCGACCCCUACAUCAGGCCCCACCCAUUUACCAGACCCCGCCCCUACACCCGUCUCCGCCCCUACACCUGUCUCCGCCCCUACCCCAAGCCCCGCCCCUACACCUGUCUCCGCCCCUACCCCAAGCCCCGCCCCUACACCUGUCUCCACCCCAACCCCAAGCCCCGCCCCUACACCUGUCUCCGCCCCUACCCCAAGCCCCGCCCCUACACCUGUCUCUGCCCCUACCCCAAGCCCCGCCCCUACGCCUGUCUCCACCCCUACCCCAAGCCCCGCCCCUACACCUGUCUCCGCCCCUACCCCAAGCCCCGCCCCUACACCUGUCUCCGCCCCUACCCCAAGCCCCGCCCCAACACCUGCCCCUACACCAAGCCCCGCCCCUACACCUGUCUCCGCACCAACCCCUGACCCCCUCCCUAAACCCGACCCCACCCCUACACCUGGCCCCGCCCCUAAACCCGACCCCGCCCCUACACCAUGCCCCGCCCCUGCACCUGGCCCCGCCCCUACAUCAUCCCAGACUUCAGAGCAAGAGAAACGGCCAACGACCCCAGGAGGAUCAAGGAAAGAGGUCAAAUGGGAGGACCAGCAGGCGAAAACAGCCCAAGUUGGAGUCCUUCCGGCUAAGGCAUCAGAGGGCGACGUAUCGUCUGGAGCCACCAGGGGCAGCGAGGCGUCCGACACCAUCAGCAGCUCUGAGGCCCCUCAGGGCCAAUCGGAAGACAGCGCGGGGGCGGGGUCAGACGGGGAGAGCAGACCGUCCCUAGAGAAGGGGGAGUCACUGGAGGGGGAGGACAUGGAGGAGGAGCCAGAGAAGCCCAAGGCCCCGCCCCCCAAGGCGCCCGCCGCGGCGGGGGAGAUCUGCUCUCUGGGGAGGAGGGACGACGAUGAUGACGAUGAGAAGAAGAGGAGGUCGAGCCUGGGCGCCCGGAUGAUGGGGAUGGUCGGCCUGGGGAAGAAGAGCUCCUCCCAGCCCAACCCAGAGGAGGAGGAGAAGAAGAAAAAGGUGAUCCGGCUGCCGGUGCAGCGCAGCGUGGAGACGGGGCUGGCGGUGGACUUCAGGGCGCGCUUCACCAGACAGCCCAGCAGGGACCUGGACGCUGAGGAGCCCACGCCCGGAGCGCUGAUCUUCCCGGGGGUGAAGCUGGCUUCCGAUAGGCUGUUCAAUGGCUUCCUGGAUGGGCUUGGCCCCGCCCAGUUGGCUGGGCGCCAGACCCUGGCCACACCUGCAAUGGGUGACAUCCAGAUCGGGAUGGUGUACAGGAAGGAGCGUCUGGACGUGGAGGUGAUCCGAGCCAGGGGGCUUGUGGGUAAACAGGGGACCAAGAACAACGUCCCAGCUCCGUACGUGAAGGUGUACCUGGUGGACAACGGGAAGUGUGUCCUGAAGCGUCGCACGCGCCUGGCGAGGAAGUCCCCCGACCCGCUGUACCAGCAGCAGCUGCAGUUCGAGGACACGCCGGAGGGCAAGGUGCUGCAGAUUAUCGUGUGGGGAGACUACGGUCGAAUGGAUCACAAAUCCUUUAUGGGAGCUGCUCAGAUCCUAUUGGACGAUCUGGACCUAUCCCAGAUGGUGAUUGGUUGGUUCAAAUUGUUCCCGCCCACGUCGUUGAUUGACCCUGCUUUGGCCCCGCUGACCAACAGUGAGACAGAGGGUGCUAAGAAGUAGCUCCGCCCAAUAUCAGCACGCCAACCAAUCAGCACAUCACGACUCCACCGCUGGUUGCUGGGGCAACAGAACGUCCCCUCUGAUGAUUGGUGGAAGAAGGAUUGUAACUCAUAACAUGUCAUAACAUACAGCGAGCUAAACCAUAACACUCCAAUACUUUAGUUUAAUAAAGUCAGAGUAACAGACCUUUAUUUUAUUGCAUCCUGAACAGAAAUGUCCCCAGAAAUAUGCUUUUGAAUUGUUUUCAGAAUAAAAUGCAUAACUAUU